CACACACACACACACACACACGUUUGAUGUAAGAUAUUUUACGCUACAUGAAAUCUCCGCGUAAUUAAUCGAGUAGAUGAACACACAGUAGCCACACUGGGAAAUCUACCGUGUGAUGUACAUCUCAUCGUCUGUACGUGAAACACGAGAGUUUCUCUGUGCCAGCGAUCCGAACGCGCCGACUAACGGGCGGGACCAUUUAUUGGAUCGAUACAUGUGUAAUCCGUGACGCAAUAUGCGAUAGAAUAAUUAAUUAAUUCACGAGCGCGAUAAACAGAAACGAGUUUCCACAACGGCGAUUAAAACGGUGAGAUCCGUCGAAGAAUUCAGUCGGCAAGACGUCAUGGAGAGUUUGAGCGAGAACGACAAGGCUGUCUUGAACACCAUCUUCGAUCCGCUUUUCGUAUUUCCUCAGUUUUCGGAAGAACAGGCGAAGUUCGAGAAAGGAAAUACUGAAACAACAGACGAUCUCGAGGAAACUCGCUUGGAACUACACGUAUUGGACAUCGUGAAGAAGGCAAUAGUCUGCGCGGAAACGAAGAACUUCGACGAAUCGUUCCGGCUUUUUGACGAAGCUCUGAGACAAGCACCCAAGUCGGCAUCGAUUUUGAACGACAGAGCACAAGCUCUACGUCUGGCAAAUCGAAACGAAGAAGCUUUGGAAGAUCUGAAUCUGGCGGUGGAAUUGAGCAAGGGAAAUGGAAAAGUAGGUGUUCAAGCGCUUUGCCAACGUGGCGCCCUUUAUCGGUGGAUGAAACAGGACGACGACGCCAGAAUGGAUUUCGCUCGAGCGGCCAAAGCUGGUUCGAGCUUCGCUAAGUCGCAAUUAGUCGCUUUGAAUCCUUACGCGGCUAUGUGCAACUCGAUGCUGUGCGAAAUCAUGUCCAAAACCUUUCGUUCUUAAUUUAAAUAAAGAAAAACAAAACAAAAAAAAUAUAUAUAUAUAUAUCAAAGAAGAAUAAUAAUAGAUAACACUUUGAUUUUUUUAUUUCGACAUAGAUAGGUCAAAGAAGAAUAAUAACGUCUUAAUAGAUAACACUUUAUUUGAUUUUUUUAUUUCGACAUAGAUAGGUUCAAAAGCGCGUGAUCUUACAUGAGAACCUCGAUAAUAAUAAUAAUAAUAAUAAUUGUAAAAGUAUAAUAAAUCGUAUAAUGAUAACAAUUAUCAUUGGAGAAAUUUUCCAAUAAAAUAUUUUGUAUAAAUUAAUUGUUUACACAAUAAAUACCUGGGCUAUAGAUACAAGCAGAAGUUUUUAAUGCCUUUGCACGUGUGAAGUUAUAUAUAAGUUAUGUAUAAGUUUUUAUUGUGUCGAGACAUUAUUGGUGCAGCUUUAACUUUCUUUUUGUACAAAACGCAUAAACGCCCCUGCCUGUACAUAUAAACUUUCCGUAAAAUCGAAUCUAAUUUUUCUACUAAAAAAAAAAAAAAAAAA